AUGUUAAAGGUAUGUUAGUUUUGUUUAUAAUUUUUAUCUCAAUUUAGUUAUUAUCAUGUAGAACAUCAACUUCGGCCAUAAGCAGGACCUUCAGGGACAUUGCCUCUGUUCCUCGCGUUUCAGACGACCAUGAGAAGCGGAUGCACAAGCCUGUAGAUACCGGAUACUUUUUCCGGUAUCAUCGACAAGGUGUGGAUGCUUUGCCACGAGUUAAGGACUCUCGCGACACUGUUUGUCGGCCCAAAUAUAAAGUUAGAGAUGCGUGGUCAAAUGCUUCGGCCAGAUAUGGGGAGAAUGAUUAUAUUGAUUUGUUGAAGAAGGAGGCUAACGUUCAUCCAGCUCAAUUACAAUAUCACGUUCCCAGAUGGCUCAGAGGCUUCCCUGGACAACAAAAGGCCAACGAGUUGGUCAAGCUUAUUCACUAUAGGUAAGAUCUUGUGUGUUCGGUAAAUGGACGUAGCUUGUUCUCAAGGUUAAGUCUUAGUUUAAGAUUUGGCUCAGUUGUUUUAAAAUGUAUGGCUAACAUUCAGAAGCUUCACCUGGGUUAGUAAAUAUUUAAUAAGUUUUAUAAUAAACUUAUGGUUCAGGAGUACUUGAGAAAUAAUGGUUUUUUGCUAUGUAGCUUAUUUGAAACACAUUAUCCGUGCAAAGAAAAAUACGCUACAAGACUUUUAGGGCGUUUUUAUUAUAGUUUAUAUGAUUUGAAAGUUGAAAUCUUUCAACCUUGAAGAACAUUAUUUGAAAUUUUUGCGUCCUGUAUUCCAUGUUUAUAUCGUCGUUUAGUCCUUGUAAUAUGAUCAUUCUAGGAACAUUUACAAAGAAAAGAUGCAGAAGAACUCGCCACAUCAAUGGCACGCCCUAUGCAAACAAAUCAAUCAUCUGUUACAGUACCACAACUACAAGAAGGCCGACGAACUCCGAGAAGAACGACGGUUGGGAUUGUGGAAGCAGGAGCCGGACUACUUCUGGAAGGACAAGUCUCGUCGAUCGUAUAAAGACUUGGUUUAA